CACGCCGCACAAUAUAAACACGGCAAAAUUCUUCCUUUCUUGGUCUUUGUUUAGUAUUCUGUUUUAAUGUAAAGCCUUUUGAAGGGAAACAGAAAUGGAGGUGGAAACAGCACGACCUUAUUUUUUCGGUGACAUCGGUUUCUGGGCGGAGAGAACAGAGGUUCAUAAAGCUGCGUAUCAGGGUCAGGUGUCUGUGCUGCAAGGUUUGAUCCAGAAUGGAGCUUCUGUCAAUAUUGUGGCUGUGGAUUCCAUCACACCCCUCCACGAGGCUGCUACACGGGGACAAACGCAGUGUGUGAGACUGCUGCUGGACGCUGGGGCUCAGGUGGACGCGAGGAACGUAGACGGAAGCACCCCGCUGUGUGAGGCAUGCUCCAUCGGGAACUUUGAGUGUGUGAGUCUCCUUCUAGAGCACGGAGCAAAAGUCAACCCCACUCUUACCUCCCGGACCACCUCCCCACUUCAUGAAGCCUGCAUGGGAGGUAAUGCAGACUGUGUGAAGUUGGUGAUCGCUAAAGGAGCAAGUCUUGAGGCUUAUGAUCUGUACCAUGGUACUCCGCUACAUGUGACAUGUGCCAACCAACAUCUGGACUGUGUCAAGGUGCUCCUAAAUGCAGGUGCACAAGUAAAUGCCUCCAGGUUACACGAGACAGCCCUACAUCAUGCAGCUAAGGCCAACAAUCUAGACAUGAUCGAGCUGUUGGUGGAGUUCGGGGCUAACAUUAACGCCAGAGACAAGCACGAUAAGAAGCCAGUCAACUACACGAGACCGGACACACCCGCAGCACACUGCCUUCAGCUUUGUGACAGCAACCCUUUGUCUCUGCAGCAGCUCAGCCGUAUCACGUUGAGGACUGUGCUGGGUACCAGAGCUGUGGACCUGAUCACCAAACUGGAUAUUCCAAACCGUAUUAUCAGUUAUCUCUUAUACCAAUGAAUCCCUUCACAGACUUACACGGAGAACGUAAAACUGGACCUCUGGAAGAGGUUUUCUUUACCUCAACUGCACAAAAACUUGAUCUCUCCUACAACCAAUGCUAGUUAGAUUUCCACUGUACAGCAUUAAAGGUUAAGUGUGUCAUUUUCAGGUUUCAGCCAAUGGCGUGAGUUUGAGGGCAUAAACUACCUGUUGGCCCGCCAAUGGCAAAUGGUAAGAAUGUUUAGUCUCGAAUCCAUUCGGUGCCAUUAGCAUUUGCAAAAAUGACACGCAUCACCUAUAAGUGUAGAAGCAUAGUAGACUAAAUAGUGAGCAUUACAUUUCCUUCACUUCCUGUAGCACUUUCCAACAGAGGACUUUGGCACUUGCUGUGAAAUAUGUUGUCUUAAUGCAUCGUCACUAAGGUGAAUUUAAACAAGAACUUAAGAAGAUGGAUAUGCAUUAUAUGCACUCAACUGUUCCCUAAAAAAUAUAUCUUCAAUGCAGAUUUAUAACACAGACUAAACGGUGCAAUAGGUGAUAUUCGACUGCUCAUAUUAAGUAAUGUGAUUUUAUUGUUUGUGUUUGAUGCCAAGUUUUUCUAAUCUAAAUAGGAAAACGGAUGGGACUUGAAUGUAUACUUGAUUCCUAUUUAUGUUGGACUGUGUUGUAGCUCCUGGCAGACAAGAUUGUGCUUUCGUGGAGGAUAGAAUGACAAACACUGUAAUGAAUUAAGAACAGGAACAUAUAUCAAGAUUUGCUUUGCUGUUAUCUCUGUGAGAGAACAUUAAUGGUAAUGAAAUGCCCCCAAAAUGCUGUGUUAUUAUGCCCUCCUCAAAAUAUGUUCCUCUCUUAUUAUUUUUCCAUAAACUGCCCAGCAAAAUAUUUCUUUAAACGAGUUUGACACAACUGGAUCCAUCUGAUCCUCCUGCACAUGCCAUUUCCUCCUUCUUAUAAAGUACAGAAGUUUCUAUAAAUAGCAGGACGCUCAAAAAUAGGAUCCAGUGUCCAGCGUUUCUGUGUGAGCUGGAGAAAUGAGUUCCUCUGUAUGUGCACUUAUGCAGAGCCCAUCCGGCUUCAAAACAGAGAGAGAGAGAGAGAGAGAGUCCAGGAAUGUUGUUAGUAGAGCCUUGUUUUGAAAUUAAGCUUACUGAGAUACGACAGCUGCUAUUAAAAGAAUGCUGCUUUUUUCUCUUCAUCCAGCGCUCAUCUUAAAAGUAGCCUUUAAAGGAUUGGAUUUUUGUAUAUAUUGUUUGAACCAAAUUCUUGCAUGUUUUAUACUUUGCAGAUGUUGAAAUGGCAGGAAUGGUCAGAUUGGUGCUGGUUUUGAUGUUCGUUUGUUUGUUGAGGCAUAAAUACUUUUCACACAAGCUUCUUCAGGAAUUAUUAGAGUGCUAUACAUGUGUGAUGUUGUUAAAAAUGUUAAAUUAAUAAAUGAUUUAAAGUCAUGAGGCUUAUUUUAAGUUCAA